AUGUCAGUACAGGAUAUAGUGAAAGGCGAGAAGGACCCAUCGUUGGUUGCCUAUUUGAAGUCACUUGGGAUCGACCAAGACUACGUCCCACCAAAGGAUGACCCACGCCGUGUUGUCAUCUCCGAGUUUGCCGUCCUCUUCAAAGACAGAGACCCCGUUGUUCUUAAAUUGAAAACUGAAGAAGACAUGAAAAAGGCCAAAACGACUCCAAUUAACAUUAAGGAAGGUGAAGAAUUCAAAAUGAGAGUCACUUUCAGAGUACAGCACCAACCAGUCUUGGGCUUCAGAAUCCUUAAUACAGUCUCAAAACUCGGUAAACAAGUCGCUGCUGACGAGGAGAUGCUCGGAAGUUAUCCACCAAAGAAUGACUUCCAAGCUCUUGAACUCCCAAAGAAUGAUUGGAAUGAAGCUCCUUCCGGACUUUUGGCUAGAGGAGAGUACAAGUCAAACGUCAAAUUCUUUGAUGAUGACAAAGUCACACACCUCCAAUUCGACUACUUGAUUAAAAUCGUCAAGGAAAUCUAA